AUGGUCGUUGGAGGCCCAACCAUUACACUUUCCAAUGGCGUGAAAAUGCCACAAGUUGGAUUGGGGAACCUGGCAGCUGAAGUAAAAAGUGCCGUGAAAGCGGCUAUCGAGGCCGGCUAUCGCCUGAUCGAUACAGCUGAAGCAUAUCAGAACGAGGAUGCGAUCGGUGAAGCCAUCAAGGAAUUGAUUCAGGAUGGGAAAAUCACAAGAGAGGAGCUCUUUAUAACAACAAAGGUAAAACGCCUCGAGACAACAUAUUAUUACUGA